AUCAGUCUUAUAAUUUCACUUUCGUAGAUAACACAGUGUUGUGAAAAGAGUUUCUAUUUCCAAAAAGGAUUAUUUUAGAAAAAUUAAAAAAAUAAAUAAAUUUUUCAUAAAUAUGAGGAGUUUUGUGUUAAUUGCUGUUUUGGCUGUUGCCGUAACUGCUCGUCCAGAACCACCAAGUGGAUAUAAUUAUAAUGCACCAGCUCAAGUGCCUGCACCAGCACCAGCACAAAGUUUUAAUCAAGGAUUUAGUGCAGCUUCAAAUGGUGGUGGAUAUUCAGCCCCAUCAUUCGGUGCUGUAAAUAGUGGAUCUUCAUCAUUCGGUAGUGCAUCAUCAGGAUCAUUCGGAAAUGGUGGUGGUGCUUCAUUCGGAAAUGGGGGUGGUGCUUCAUUCGGAAAUGGGGGUGGUGCUUCAUUCGGAAACGGAGGUGGACAAUCUUUUGGAAAUGGAGGUGGAUCAUUCGCUAGUGGUGGUGCUUCAUCAUCAUCAUUCGGAAAUGGUGGAUCAGCUGGAGGAUUUGGAAAUGGUGGAUCAGCUGGAGGAUUCGGAAAUGGUGCUGGCUUUGGACAAGCUGAUGCUGGAUCACAAGGAACAAUUGUACAAAAGCACAUCUACGUCCAUGUUCCACCACCAGAAGAAGAAGCCCAAAACGCUGCUACAGCUCAACAAUUCUCACAACCAAGAAAGCACUACAAGAUCAUCUUCAUCAAGGCCCCAUCAGCUCCAUCAAUCUCACAACAAAUUGCUGCCGCUCAAGCACAAAAUGAAGAAAAGACUUUGAUUUACGUCUUGGUUAAGAAACCAGAAGAUAUUGAUAUCCCAGAAGCACCACAACCAGCUGCCAUUCCAGUCAGCAAACCAGAAGUUUACUUCAUCAAAUACAAGACACAAAAGGAAGCUGGUGGAGCUGGAGCUGGAGAUUUCUCAGGAUCAUCAGCAGGUGCAUCAUCAGGUGGUUUCUCAGGAUCAUUAGGAGUUGAUAAUGGUGGAUUCUCUGGAUCAUCAGGAAACGGUAAUGGUGGUUUCUCAGGCUCAUCAGCUGGUGGAUUCUCAGGAUCAUCAGGAAAUGGAAAUGGUGGAUAUUCAGGCUCAUCAUCAGGAUCAUCAGCUGGUGGUUUCUCAGGUGGAUUUGAUGUCCCAGCACCAAACCCACAAGCCACAUAUGGUGCUCCAAACAAAAAGUACUAAUUGCCAUCAAUAGGAAGUCAAAAAUUGUCGCUCGCUCUCACACAAAUUUGACCCUCCUUCCUCGAUCGUUAAUCAUAUUGAUGAAUUUUUCCUACAAAAAAAUUAUAUCAUAUAAAUUAUUAUAAGGUGCAUAAUUGACCCCACUCUCUAACAUACUUCCUUUAGUUACAUAAAGGCAAAUGAACUGAUUUUGAAUAAUAACGACGAUAAAAGAAAAAUCGAGAGAAAAUCGAAGAAAAAAAAAUACAUCUCACAUCUCACUACAGGUGCUACGUGUGCUGUGUUGCUGUUAUAGUUUUGUAAAUAUUUGUUAAUUGAUUGUUACAAUCUUUUUUUUUUGUUUGUUUAAAUUUUCUUACUAUGAGACAUAGAAAGAAAACAAAUGUAUAUGUAUGAAUGAU